AUGAAAAGAAUAAAUACUAUGGUAGUGUACAAAUCAGAAAAAAAUCACAAUUAUCAGGACAGAACAGAUUGUAUCAACAAUUUACAAAAAGCUGUUAACUGUUCUCCAACUUCUAUUAUGUGGUAUAGUUCUUUGGGGGCGAGCCACUUUUUAAAUGCACCUACUGCCAAAAAUACUGAGGAUUCUGUACAACGGCUAUGCGGAGCGUUUGGUGGUACGAUUUGUACAAAUGUUCGCCUGAGGUAUGAAGAACAGGUACCAACUGUUGACUCCGUCUUCUUUCAAUUCCAGGGUACAUUUAAAACCACCGAUAGCAUAAUUUUUAUACACAAAAUUAUUUACAUGCAUUUAGACAAAAUAAUAACAACAUGUAAUUUUGUGUGCAAUUGUGGGUAA